AUGUCAGGAAAAUUUGAACCUCGCACCCCCACGACUCUUCAGCCCCCUAAAGAUGACCCUAUAACUCUCGAUGAGCUUCGAAGAGCAGACGGCCAUAAUCAUUGCUAUGUGGCAAUCAAGGGCAAAGUCUUUGAUGUGUCUGGAAAUAAAGCCUAUCUCCCCGGUGGAUCUUACCAUGUUUUUGCAGGGCGGGAUGCAUCGCGUGCCCUAGCUCUUACCAGUGUCAAAAUCGAAGACGUUCGACCUGAAUGGGAGGAUCUAGAUGCAAAAGAAAAAAAGACACUUGACGAUUGGAUGAUAUUUUUCAGCAAACGAUAUAAUGUAGUAGGAACUGUCACCGCUGAGGGGUCCAAGGUAUAG